AAGUCCUCUCCACCUUGUGGUUGCAUGUCACAACAUUGCUUUGUUUUUACCCUCCAACAAAAGCCUUAUGUAAAGCGCACAAGCGCUGUGGCCGCGUGUCAACGCGUCCCCUGAGCCGUGAUUGGACGAUGAGACGUACCAACAGGUACGGCCCGCCAGCUGCGUCCGCCGAUCUAGAAACCUCUUCAUCCGUGCACUGAAUCUCACAGACGCACCAAAGAAAAGCCAGUUCGACUCUGAGGUCUGCACUUCUUCAUUUUUUUCGCCCAUGCGAGACCCUACACCCACGUGGACAUAUGUCGCGCUGAAGAGUCACCGUCGGUGGCACCCAGAUGUCCUCGUCGCUGCCCACCGAAUGUGUUCUAUCAAGAAAGUGGCAAUGGGGGGAGGGGCAGACUCCGAAUGGAAGCGCGUCACCUCCCACCCUGAACGGAAGAGCCAUUAUUAGCGAUGGGGUGGCCAUGUUCCCUCGGGUCACCUGGAGAUACCGACCUCAUCCAAUCGCAACGCGGGGAAACUCAACGCGCUUCAUUAGCUUGCAGGGUAGCAGCUGUAUGUGCUCAGAGUGGUGCUUCCUGAUACAGGGGGGAGAAGAUCGCAGCAUAGCAGCGACGAGGAAAGAUGGGUGGCACAGAGGGGGAUCUCCUGAUCAUCUACGAGACUGAGGCUGAGGAGUGGGCAUCCUACCUGGGCUCCAUCUUCACGGGCUCCAUCGCCGAGACCAGCAUCUGUCGCUAUGACAUCACCACGGUGACCAGCAAGAGGGACGAGCGCCUGCAGCCCGGCGGCUACAAGUGUAAGCUGCUCAUCCUGUCCCGCGGCAUGCUGGAGAACCUGUGUCUGGCCCGCCGCUCCUUCCUGGCGCGCGUGCUGCACCCGGUGAACCACGUUGUGGUACUGCUGUGCGGCGUGGAGACGCCGGCCCGGCUUCUGGAGGCUGUACCACUGCGGGAGGGCUUCCUGCAGAUCUCCAGCGAGCAGGAUGCACAGGACUACCUGGCUGCCGUCAUGAAGAUCAUACAGAGAGCCCCCUCAGGCCCUCCGCUGGACCCGGACCCCGGCUUGGUGAUGGUACAGCCCGCAAAACUGAAGCCAUCACAGCAGAGGAAGCAGUCAACUGGGGGGCUUUUGCCCAACAUCGCUGUCAAGGUGGUUCCCUCCCGGGUGCCGUGUAAGAAUCCGGGGGUCAUCUCUGUUCUGCUUAAAGAUGCCGAGUCAACCCCAGACAUGGAGGUGGAGUUCCAGCAGGGGGCGACGGUGACGGUGAAGCCGGUGACCUGGAACAAGCACACGCUCCAGGUGAAAGCCCCAGACUUCCCGGCGGGGGCGGUUACUUUGGGCGUCUGCAGUGGGGGCGUCCUGCUUGGAGCCAAGGUCCAGCUGCAGUAUUACAGCCCCAUGGACGAGGUGGCCCAACUCCUAAAGAAGGCCGCAGACCCUGUGGAGUUCAUGUUUCAGGCCUUCCAGACUUCCUCCAUGGAGAAGGUGGACCAGAUCCUGACCUCCUCGCUGACCAGGCGGUUACCUGCGGGGGGCUUCCGGGGGCUGCAGAGCGCCAGCGGCGGCCGCAGAGAGGCUACACACUCAGAGCAUCUCCCAACCCUCCUACACUUUGCCGCCCAAAAUGGGCUCCGCGGAUUGGCCAGCGUCCUUCUGCAGUGCCCAGGGGUCGAGCAGGCCCUUCACCUCGCCAAUCAACACGGGGACACGCCGCUGAAGCUCGCUCAGAAACACGGCCACGCCCAGCUCGGCGACCUCCUGCAGGAGGUGCCGGCUGGAUCAAGCAUGGAAGAAGACAACAGCAUUUAUGAAAUGAUGGGUUCAUCUGGUUAUCACAGCACCAAUGAUGACGGAGAAGAAGGCGGAGAAGAGGAGAACAAACAGGAUGGGGAGGAAGAGGAGGACCCUUAUGCACUCUUUGGAGGUGAUGAUGAGGAGUAUGACACAAUCCUGGCCUCCAACAAGCCUGUGAUCAUCGCCAACCGACCCCCGGCACCAACUCCAAGACCAGAUACGAUGCCACCUAAAGCAGACAAUACUCCCUAUAUAGCUCAAGUGUUCCAGAAGAAGAUGUCUCAGGGGACCGUGGACACCCUUUAUUCUCUACCCAGUAAACAAGCCAGGGGCCGGGACAUGUCCGCUACUUACGACACUUUUGCGCCCUACCAGCCGCCCGGCCUGGAGGGACUCAUUGAGCUACAAGAACAGGUCAAGAAGGGCACCCUGUCUGUGGACGAAGCCUUGGAGAGGUUCAGCGACUGGCAGCAAGUCCAAAGAGGCCUGGAUGAGAUCCAGCAGGAGAAACUGCGGCAAUUGAGAGCAAGCAUUAUGAACAACCGGGAGGAUGAUGAAAGCAUCUAUGAUAAAAUCAACAUCAUUCAUCACACCCCAGGAGACGCGAGUGCUGGAGAUCGGGGUCAGCAUGUGGACACGGGAUUUUACAGCAAGCCAAUCAAAGGGCAGCAGUCUAAUUUCCCUUGGAAGGCUGACAAGCGGUAAAUGUUUAAACUACUGAUUGAAUAUGUUUACUGCCAGAUUCCAGAAAUUCAGUGCUGUACCGGAAAACUUACUGCUCAUCUAACUGACCACAGGAAUAUUCAAGUUACUCAAUAACUUUAGUGAUUUAAUAAACUUUGUUUCUUGUAUUUCAUUAUCCAUUCCAUAAUUUAACCUAAUGAAUGUUUUGUUGAUUGUUUAUUACCUAACACAUUCAAACAUAACUGAUAAUUGUUGAUGUUUAGUGUACUGUGAUUUUUCAUUGGUGAUCAAAAUCUAAUUAACACAACAAAUUAAACACAAUACAGACAAGCAUCAGUAUCAAAAGAUUGCAUAUAAUAACUUUAGUUUCUGUUUAUGUUUGUUGUACUUUGAUCCCAUCAUAAAAAUGUAUCUCUAGUGUA